UGCUGUGACAGACACGCAGUCUCACUGGGUUAGGGUGAGCAGAGUUCAUUGGUAACAAGCUCGCUGGCCUACGAUCCCCUGGGUCAGCUCCCUUUUCCAUUCCAGCACCCCCAGACUUCUCCGGGGUUCACGGUGAGACGUGGGUCCAACGGGGGAAGACGGGUGGGGACAGAGGUGGAUGAGUAUGGCUGUGCUGCGCGAUCCCUCACGUCACGACCGCCCUCGAACGGGGCGGAGGGUCCACGUCCCCAUCCUGCACCCCAGCCUUAGCGGUAGGCAGCGCCGUUUCCCUGCAGACAGCCCUGGAUCCAAACAGGAAGGGAACGACGACGUUUUCAUUUCCCGACUAAGGAUUGUAAAAACCAAUCUCAUAAAAUAUCUAGCUCAGAAAGGACAGUCCUGCAAACAGACCCUAUUUGGAUCAAGUGAGCCAGUUCCCUUGAACCUGAAAUAAUGACUGCUGAAUCAAGGGAUACUGCAGAUCUGUCUCUCCAGGCUACUCAGGAGAUGGAAGGCAUAGUGAUAGUGAAAGUGGAGGAGGAAGAUGAAGAUGAGGAAGACCAUUUUCAAAGAGAAAGAAAUAAGAUAGAGUUAUCCCCACAAUUUCCUAGUCGUUCCACAACUAUGAAUGAGAGAGCCUUAUUAUCAUCAUAUUUAGUUGCAUAUCGAGUGGCAAAAGAGAAAAUGGCUCACACAGCUGCUGAAAAAAUUAUUCUUCCAGCAUGUAUGGAUAUGGUACGUACAAUUUUUGACGAUAAAUCAGCUGAUAAAUUAAGAACGAUACCUCUUAGUGAUAAUACAAUAUCUCGUCGAAUCUGUACUAUUGCAAAACAUUUAGAAACAAUGCUCAUUACACGGCUACAGUCUGGUAUAGAUUUUGCUAUCCAACUUGAUGAGAGCACUGAUAAUGCAAGUUGUCCGACACUCUUGGUUUAUGUGAGAUAUGUGUGGCAAGAUGAUUUUAUAGAGGAUCUGUUGUGUUGCUUAAAUUUAAAUUCACAUAUAACUGGAUUAGAUUUAUUUACUGAAUUAGAAAAGUGCAUUGUUGGUCAAUAUAAAUUAAACUGGAAAAAUUGUAAGGGAAUUUCCAGUGAUGGAGCAGCAAAUAUGACUGGAAAACAUAGCAAAGUUAUUGAAAAAUUGCUAGAAGCAACCCAUAACAAUGCUCUUUGGAAUCACUGUUUUAUUCAUCGAGAAGCUUUGGUAUCCAAAGAAAUUCCACCAAGUCUAAUGGAUGUAUUGAGAAAUGCAGUGAAAACUGUUAAUUUUAUUAAAGGAAGCUCACUGAACAGCCGACUUCUUGAAAUACUUUGUUCAGAGAUUGGAGUUAACCAUACCCACUUACUGUGUUACACAGAAGUUCGUUGGUUGUCUCAAGGAAAAGUAUUGAGCAGAGUAUAUGAACUCAGGCAUGAGAUUUACACUUUCCUCAUUGAAAAGCAAUCUCAUUUGGCAACUAUGUUUGAAGAUGACAUUUUGGUAACAAAAUUGGCAUAUUUAAGUGAUAUUUUUGGCAUUCUUAAUGAAUUAAAUUUGAAACUACAGGGGAAAAACAAUGAUAUAUUUCAAUAUGUUGACCAUAUUCUAAGAUUCCAAAAGACAUUAUUGUUGUGGCAAACAAGACUUAAAAGUAACUGCCCUAGCUACUACAUGUUCCCAACAUUGUUACAACACAUUGAAGAGAACAUUAUUAAUGAAGACUGCUUAAAAGAAAUAAAAUUAGAGAUAUUGUUGCAUCUCACGUCUUUGUCUCAAACCUUUAAUCAUUACUUUCCAGAAGAGAUAUUUAAAUCAGUAAAGGAAAAUGUCUGGAUGAAAGAUCCCUUUGCCUUUCAAACCCCAGAAUCAAUAAUUGAGUUAAACUUGGUGCCUGAAGAAGAGAAUGAAUUGUUGCAGCUCAGUUCAUCAUUCACGCUGAGGAAUUAUUAUAAGACAUUAAGUUUAUCAGCAUUUUGGAUUAAGAUCAAAGAUGAAUUUCCGUUACUAAGUAGAAAGUGUAUAUUGCUAUUAUUACCAUUCACAAAUACCCAUCUGUGUGAACUAGGAUUUUCAAUCUUGACGCGAUUAAAGACAAAGAAAAGAAAUAGGCUCAAUAGUGCACCUGACAUGCGUGUAGCCUUAUCUUCAUGUGUCCCUGACUGGAAUGAACUUAUGAACAGGCAAGCACACCCAUCACAUUAAAUACAAUCUUUGUGAAAUUUUGGUUUUGUACUUAAUUUUUGGCAGUGUUUUGUAUAUUGUAUUUAAAUAGUAAUAAAAUUCU